CUCGCAUCGCUCCUACCUCCAUCGCUCGCAGCUGCUCGUAUACACGCAGCUAUUGUCAUUUAUUAUAUACCUGCUCCGAUCGAUCUCCGCUCGUCGUUUUCGUCCUGUGCAAUGUUCGAUGCGCGUUGAUCGUUUCUCUGUACUGGCCGUGAACGAUCGAGAGCCCAGAGAGCGGCAUAUACUUUAUUCUCAGCUUUUUCUCGUUGUAAUUUUACAACUUUUAAUUGCGACUGUAUAGCGUAGGCCCGUGAGAGGGGCUUGCACAACGCAUCGCGAGUGCAGCGAGUGUGUGAGCGAGGAGGAGAGUUGUUUGUUUACGUCGAGCAACGAAGCUCUUUCUUCGAAUACCGAUUGUGUGUGUGUGUGUGUGUGUGCGUGUGCGCGGGUGCACGACGUUGCGUCGUUGAUUCGGAAAAAAAAAGAAAAGUCCAUAUCGAUCCUCGAUCCUCGAUGCGGAACUGCGGCUGGCAGUUUUAUGUUAAAGCUGUGGGCCAAUUACCGGGCUGGUCGCCGUAGCUGCGAUAACGCCAACAACGCCAACAACAACAACAACAACAACAACAACAACAAUAGCAGCGGAAAAACAUCGACUCGAAGCGGAGCCAGAUCGUUAAAUCUGCUCAUACUCUCGUGGACGUCGAAGCUCAAUCGUCGAUUCAGCCGUGUCCGCGUCAGGCGCUGCGGCGGCGACUUCAAGUCCCACGCUAGACGCUAUCAGCUGCCUCUGCUCUGCGAAUUUUUUCGCAACGAUCGAAGAUUCGGCGGUACCUACGGCCUCAUAUAACGAAACGGCGUAAUUUCUCUCGAGAAGCGCAAUUACGCACCUCGCGAGAAAGAAAGAGAGAGAGAGAGAGAAGCAAGAGAUCAGUGACCCAAUAGGAGAUUUUUUUCUGUUGCUUUUCGCGCGCCAACCCACAACAUUCCGUGCGAUCUGGCUCUGUAGCAAAGUGACCAGUGUGCAGUGCGCGUGUGUGUCUGUACAAGUGCUGCAGCAGUCUACUGUUUAUAAGUGUGCGUAUAUAUAGUCGUCGUGCUGGUGCAGUGCUCCGAACACGCGUUACAUCCAUGCGGCUGUCGUGUGCAGGAUGUCGAACGCGGUAAGAACGUCGAUGCAGCAGCAGCAAAAGCAGCGCCGGACUCGCGAACAAGUAGAGCAUCGAUUCGUGCAUCGGCGACGCCAAUCGACGAACGCCUAGCCUACGCUUGACAUUUAAUAUACACACACACGCGAUCCAAAGAGCUGCUUGCCCAUCGUCGCAUCAUCCUCGAGUACAUAGGUAUAAGGUGCGUUGAGAGAGCUCUGGAAGUCGAGCUCGGGCGUCAGGAAUAAGCGUCCAGGUCAUCGGCCGAUGGCGAGCUAUGCAAGACCAUCGUCGACGAGGCAGACGAAGAAGCGUAGCAGUAGCAGUAGCCCUAGUACUAGUGCAGCGUCAACCAAGGCGAAGCAAGAGCAGCAGCAGAAGGCGGAAAAGCUUCGGCUGCGCCUGUGCGCCAGACUCAGCGGCUCGUGUCCCCCUAGCCGGUCGGGCCGUCAGCUGCUGCUGAUCCAGAGCAGCUAACACAUACUGUCCUACUUGUGUCGGAGGAGCGGGAUCGAGAUGCUGCCCCGCAAGGACAGCCCGUUCGAGGCCCAGGCCGGCUCCGGCCAGUACGCCCUCGAGGACAUGAUAUCGAGCCUGCAGACGCGGGGCGCCCAGCUCGACGACGAGGAGGACGAGCUGAGCCAGGACCCGAGCCAGCUGCUGGCCCAGCGCGACCGGGACCUCGUGCUGGCCGCGGAGCUCGGCAAGGCCCUGCUCGAGCGCAACCAGGAGCUCACCAGGCAGAGCGAGGCUCUCGCCGAGAAUUACGCCAGCAAAAUCGAGGGCUUGGAGCAGGAGCGGCACUUGCUGCGUCGAAAACUCGAGGAGGCCCGCAGCGAGAGCGAGGCCCGGGCGGUGGAGCUGCAAGGCGACCUCGAGCAGCUGCGCAGCCAACUGGACGAGCAGAGCGAGCGAGCCCGCAGAGCCGAGCGCGACCAGGCCAACCUCGUGAACGAGCUCACGGCCCAGAACGGCCGACUGGCCGACCAGCUGCGCGAGGCCGCCAAGCAGGAGGAGCAGCUGCUGCAGGAGCUCAAGAGGCUCAAGGAGAAGUGCGCCCUCAGGAGCAACAGUCUGCAGGACCACGUGAGCAGCCUCGAGGUCCUCAAAGAUGAGGUACAACUGGUGUCGGCCCAGCGGACCGAGCUCGAGCGACGCAGUUUGGAACUCAGGGAGGAGCGGGCCAGGGCCAUAGCGGCCCUCGAGGAAGCCGAGGAACGCGCCCAAGCCCUCGAACGGCUCGGACACGAAGCGGAGCGACGAGCCAUCGUUGCCGAGCGUGAAAGGGACGAGCUGGCAGCGGCUCUGUCGGCCAUGGAGGCCUCGCGGGCCAGCGGCGGCGCUCGCUUGGGUGCCUCGUCCAGCGGCCGAUCCGUGUCGCCGACGGGCCGCCAGCAGCCCCGCUCGCUGCAGGCCGAGAUGGAGUGCGAGGAGAGCGGCGGCAGCUCGCUGGGCCUGGAGCAGCAGGACCUGCGUCAGGAGGUCGACCGGGCCUGUCGACGGCUGCGCGAGCUCUCGGGACACCUGCGCCGGGGAGAGGACGACUCGGGCCUGCAGAGCGACUGCGACGAGUCCAUGCUCGUGCUCAACCACAGCGGCCACGAGAGCGAGAACAACUUCUGUCCAGGAGCCUUGUCCGAUCUCGUGGAGGAAGUGUUCGGCCUGGCCCUCAGCGGCGUGAGAGGCGGCCCCAGCGAGCUCGGCCUGGCCGUCGAACUCCACCGGUCCAAGGAGGAGCUCGAACAGACCAAGGACCAGCUGCGCCAGACGCAGGACGAGCUCAAGCGCAGAAACGAGAGCAUCGUCGAGACGGCGACCAAGCUCAAGCUCUGCGAGGCCGAGCUCCAGGGCGUGCAGGAGGAGCGCGACCGAGCAAGGAACGACAUCGAGCUGUCGCAGCUCUCCAAGGACCAAGUCCUCGCCCAGGCGAUACAGACGAGGGACCAAGCCGUCGCGCGCAAAAACAAGGUCGAGGUCGAGCUGGCGCGCACCCGCAUCGACAUGCUACAGAUCAACAGCCAGCUCAUGGAGGCCAUUCAGCAGAAGAUCGAGCUGAGCGAGCAGCUCGAGCAGUGGCAAAUGGACAUGCAGAUGCUGCUCGACGAGCACGUGCGCAGCAAACUGGCCCCGGUGCAGGCCCAGGCCGCCGGCUCGCCUGGUUCGCUCGGUGACGUCGUCGCUCCGGCGCGCAAGAAGCGCUCGAGCACCGCCUCCAAGAAGCGCUUCGGCAUCUUUUGAGCCCAACGACACAACUCUAUACCAAUGAGACUGCAAUAUGAUACUUAGUGAAAUUUCCUUGAAGCCGGCGCAAUUUACCUUGCGACGAGGCCGUCCGAUGCCUAUCGGCGACCGAGUUCGACGUCGACGUUCAGAGGCCAGAAUGAGAUACGAGCAGCUUGUAAUUCCGUCCAAAAGCCAAACGAAGCUGUUGACCUACGGCUUGCUUUCAUCACCAUUAAUAUUCAUCUGACGAUUUAAUAA